CCCAAGCAGCAAAGCACCACGAGCCACAUCCUGACGUCAGGGGCGGGCCGGGUGGAGGGCUCGGCGCUCUGCAAGUUGUGCCUGGCGUUCUAGCGGCCGGUGUCGGCCUGGAGAGUCCCAGUUCAGAGCGGGAGCUGAGAGGAGGCGGAGAUGGCGUCCCAGCCGCCGCCUCCCCCGAAACCCUGGGAGACCCGCCGGAUUCCGGGGACCGGGCCGGGACCAGGACCCGGCCCCACUUUCCAAUCUGCUGAUUUGGGUCCUACUUUGUUGACAAGACCUGGACAACCAACACUUACCAGAGUGCCACCACCCAUUCUUCCAAGGCCAUCACAGCAGACAGGAAGCAGUAAUUUGAACACUUUCAGACCUGCUUACAGUUCAUUUUCUUCUGGAUAUGGUGCCUAUGGAAAUUCAUUUUAUGGAAGCUAUAGCCCUUAUAGUUAUGGAUAUAAUGGGCUGGGCUAUAACCGCCUUCGUUUAGAUGAUCUUCCACCUAGUAGAUUUGUUCAGCAAGCUGAAGAGAGCAGCAGAGGUGCAUUUCAGUCCAUUGAAAGUAUUGUGCAUGCAUUUGCCUCUGUCAGCAUGAUGAUGGAUGCCACUUUUUCAGCUGUCUAUAACAGUUUCAGGGCUGUAUUGGAUGUAGCAAACCACUUUUCCCGAUUAAAAAUACACUUUACAAAGGUUUUUUCAGCUUUUGCAUUAGUUAGGACUAUAAGGUACCUUUACAGACGGUUACAGUGGAUGAUAGGUUUAAGAAGAGGCUUGGAGAAUGAGGACCUAUGGGCAGAAAGUGAAGGAACUGUGGCUUGCCUUGGUGCUGAGGACAGAGCCGCUAACUCAGCAAAAUCUUGGCCAAUAUUCUUAUUCUUUGCUGUUAUCCUUGGUGGACCUUACCUCAUCUGGAAACUGCUAUCUACUCACAGUGAUGAUGUAACAGACAAUACCAACUGGGCAAGUGGUGAGGACGACCAUGUAGUUGCUAGAGCAGAAUAUGAUUUUGUUGCUGUAUCUGAAGAAGAAAUUUCUUUCCGUGCUGGUGAUAUGCUGAACUUAGCUCUCAAAGAGCAACAACCCAGAGUGCGUGGUUGGCUUCUGGCCAGUCUUGAUGGUCAAACAACAGGACUUAUACCUGCUAAUUAUGUCAAAAUUCUUGGUAAAAGAAGAGGUAGAAAAACAGUGGAAUCCAGUAAAAUUUCCAAGCAGCAACAGUCUUUUACCAAUACAACACUAAUUAAAGGAGCCACAGCUGCUGAUUCUUUGGAUGAACAGGAAGCUGCCUUUGAAUCUGUUUUUGUUGAAACUAAUAAGGUUCCAGUUGCAUCUGAUUCCACUGGGAAAAAUGGAGAUAAACAAGAUCUUUGAUAACUUUCAUAUUUGCCUGAAGUUGAACUAUAGAGUACUUUUUAAAAAUUUCUUCUUACAAAGAAAUUAAUCUACAAUCCAAUGAAAACAUUUGUUAAUGACUAUUUAAGAUGUUUUGCUGCUAGAAAUUACUCAAGUUGUACACUAGUAUGUUGGUCUAGUGACCUGGUUACGUUUUAUGAGUUAUUGGACCAUGAGGAUAUUUGUUUAGCUUAGGUUAUAAGAUUAUGGAGACUAUCAUUUUCAUCUUAUUUGGAACCCUGUGUUUCUCUUGAAAGAGUAAGAUUGAUGAACUGUAGAAUACACACUUUGCUACAGUAGGGAUCACUAAUACAUUUUAAAAUUCUAGUUUAAUUGACUUGGAAUCCUCAGAAAUUGAGUGACAGUGUAUGAGAACAGGCUAAUUUUUCUACAACUUUAAUUAAACUGAAUAGUAAAAAUUUUCUGAUGUGUAUUACAUCCAGUAUUGGGUUUGCUUUAGGCAGUAGUAAAAUAUUUUCACCCAACAAUUAAUGCUAUUAUGUUUUAUUGUAUUUUUGAAAAUUUUAUCUUAGAAAGGUUGCUAAAAGCAUUGUAAAGGAAAUGGUUCUGGGGUGAUAGUUAGCCCGAAUAGUUUUCUUUGCUAGUAAAAAGGCUAUAAUUUAUCUUUCUUACAGAUUGCUUCCUUUUCUUCAGAGGGUCAUAUGACUUUUUAUAUGUAUGACUAGUUUUCAUCCUGGGUGAAUCAGAACUCUUAAUCUGUAAGAUUUACUUUGUUUUUCUCCAGCCUAGACUCAAGUUCUUUAAGUUUGCAACUCGAUUCUAGCAGUAAUGAUUUUAAAUCUUUUCACAGAUUCUCUGCUUCUACCUAUUAAAAUUAUUUUUUUAAUUCCAUAUUCAGACUGUUCUGUAAACAUUGAGAGUGUAUUACAUUGGGUACAUAUUUCUUUUAGGUUCAGUUUUUACUACUGAGACUAUAAAUAAAAUGCUGAAUUGCCAUUUAGAGUAUGAUAAUAUUAUUUGACUUGUUUAGGAAUGAUUUUAGGUACAGUUAAAUUUCAGUACACUGAAUAUUUCCCCACAAAAUUGGAAAAUUCAUAUACUUGCUAUUAUCAUACUACAAAAACAAUAUCAGUUAUACAGAGUAUGAAAAUACAUUACAGAUAUUGUUGAAAACUUAAAAUUAUUUGAUGAAGACUUUGAUCUUUUUCUUCUUAUAGAGUUUAUGUUCAACAACUAAGUAAUUCUGAAAUAGUUCAAACUAAAACAUUAGGAACCAAGUAUAUGUGUAAUCAACAUAGAAUUUUACUAAAGACUUCUUGGGAACCUCUCUUUUGUGAUAAUACAGUAAGUAAUGUAUCAUUUAAAAUACAAUGUUGACCCCAUGCAGAAAAAAGUAACAAAAUAGUAAAAUUGUUAUCUAGACAUAUUUUUCUAACACCUAGUUCUUCAAACCUUCAAGUUGAGGAGAUUAAGUUACUUAUAUACUAUUUUCCAUUUGUAUUCAACACUUAGAGGUUCUGCUUUGCUUUGUUAAUUAGAAAGUCAUUUAUGGAAAUUUUGUUCUUGAAACAAAUUUUUUAUAAAACAAAUUAUUAAAUUUGAUGUUGAGACAUCUAAAUUGAAUGCAAGUAGAGGUGAAAUUUUGAGUUGGUGCUAUUUAGAUUAGAAAAGGGGUCUUUAUGAUUGCUAUUAAAGAUGUAUAGGGAGAAGAGUAUAGCACAAAAUAAAUGACAAAAACAAUUUGACUUUUCUUAUGGUAUUUUUGUUUUGGUUUUUUUUUUUGGUUAAGAAUGCUAAAUUGCAGCAUACAUUUUAUGUAUAUUAUUUGUGUCUAAAAAUUCUUUUUCUAAUAAGAAUCUAGAAAAGGAAUUUAGGAAUAAGCAGAAAAAUUUUAUAACCUUUCUUAUCAUGACAGUUUUAGGUUUCAAUAUUGUUAUUUUUAGAAAUUUAUUUAAGGACUGCUGCUUUGUAGAAAUUACAAACUGAAAAAAACAUUUUAAAUUAAAUACAGUAAUCACAAGUUACAACAAUAAAACAGGUUUCAUUUAAAUUUUUUUCUGAUUGUAAUUUAUCAGUAUAGAAAGGAAAAAGGUAAGCUUUAUACAUUUUCAUGUGUUAACAUUUUAUUUAGGUAUUUGAUUUAGUCUAUCAGUGUGUCAUAUAUUUACUUGAAUACUGAUGUCCUUUAUCUGUGCUUUCUUUAAUAGAUAAAAGAACAAAUAUUAAAUGCUGUUAACAUUUUAUUUUUAAUAGAUUGUGAAGUUAUUUUAUUGGACAAAUAAAAAUAUAUUAAACUUG